AUGGAUUCAGGAGAGGAAAACGAGAAGUCGGUGAAGCCCCAAAUAAGCCUGGUGAGACUAAUCUUCGCCUGUACGGUCGCCGGAGGAGUGCAGUAUGGCUGGGCUCUCCAGCUCUCUCUCCUUACACCCUACGUACAGACGCUUGGGCUUCCACAUGCAUUGGCUUCCAUCAUGUGGCUCUGUGGCCCGGUAGCAGGAUUUGUUGUUGGACCUUCGAUUGGUUAUUGGAGUGAUAAAUGCCAAUCAAGAUUUGGCAGGAGGAGGCCUUUUAUUCUAGCUGGAUGCAUACUUAUAUGCUGUUGCGUGCUUGUGGUUGGAUUCUCAUCUGACAUAGGAUCUGUACUUGGUGAUACAAAGGAAAACUGCAGGACUUAUGUUGGCCCUCGAUGGAAAGCAGCUAUUAUCUAUGUGGUUGGCUUUUGGGUGCUGGAUUUCUCAAACAACGCAGUGCAGGGUCCUGCUCGGGCAAUGAUGGCUGAUCUCUCUGGACAACAUGGAUGCAAUGCAGCGAAUAUAAUAUAUGCCUUUUGGAUGGCUUUUGGAAAUAUCUUAGGCUACUCUUCCGGGUCUACUGGAGGCUGGCACAAGUGGUUUCCUUUUCUAUUGACAAACUCUUGUUGUGAAACCUGCGCAAACUUAAAGGGCGCCUUUUUGGUUGCAAUAGUGUUCCUUCUCAUUUGUUUGACAGUGACACUGCUCACUGCAAAAGAAGUUCCACGAUAUGAGUUGGACCCAGCUGAAGCAGCACAGGGAAGUUCUGGAAUAUUUUCUGUUUUCAAAACUCUGAAGAGUUUACCAACUGGAAUGCCCUCUGUGCUUCUCGUGACAUCCCUAACCUGGCUUGCCUGGUUUCCAUUCAUCCUUUACGACACAGAUUGGAUGGGUCGUGAAAUCUAUCAUGGUGAUCCCAGCGGAACAAGGGAAGAAAUUGAUACUUAUAACAAAGGUGUGGAAGAUGGGGCAUUUGGCUUGUUGCUAAAUUCGAUUGUUCUUGCAAUAACCUCAUUGCUGCUUGCUCCAAUGUGCCGGAAAUUGACCUCAAAAGUUGUGUGGAUCAUUGGCAACUUUAUUUUGUUCCUUGCCAUGGCUGCCAUAACAGUUCUUAGUGUUAUUUCAACUAAUGGGUACCGUGGCAAAAUCCAUUCUGCAGUUGCAGGACACGAUGAAGUGAAAAUCGGAGCUUUAAUUAUAUUUGCUGCCCUUGGAUUUCCUUUAGCAAUUCUUUAUAGCAUUCCUUUUGCUAGUGCCUCACAGCUUGCUGUGAAUGAGGGAGGCAGCAAACAAGGACUGUGCAUUGGUGUUCUGAACGUAUCCAUUGUCAUUCCCCAGGUUAUAGUUGCUCUAGGUGCUGGCCCAUGGGAUGCCAUCUUUGGCAAAGGCAACAUCCCAGCCUUUGCUCUUGCUUCAGGCCUAGCUCUACUUGGUGGUUUCAUUGGCUUGGCCAUUCUGCCGAAGCUCUCAGGGGAUUCUUUAAAGAGCAGCAGCUUUGGUUCCAUUCACUAA